GCCGACUCCGCAUCCCAAUCCUUAUUAUAUAAGCCCUAAACCCCUAAAAUCCCCCCUAAUUCUUCAAAAGAUUCUUCGCUUCCGCAAUUCUCACUUAUAUUUCUAGGGUUUCACAGUUCCCACUCCCAUCGAUUUCACCGGAAAAAGAUGGACUUCGACGAGUACGAUUACUUGGAGAAGGCGGUUGACGACGUCGAGAUCCGCAAGGAUAAGAAGAAGGACGACGAAAAGGACGAGAAGAGCUCCCGCCGCCGCGAGAAGGACGGCGGAGAGAGAAGGUCGGAGAGAAAAUCUUCCAGGUCGGAGGAUGCCGACGGAGACAAGCGCGACGAUCGAGAUCGGUCCGAGCGCAGGAACAAGGAGAGGGAUCGAGAGAGCGAGAGGGAUCACCGGAGGGAGCGCGAACGAGAGAAGGAAGGGGAUCGGGAGCGUCGGAGUAAGGAUAGGGAUUACAAGGAAGAGAGAGACAAGGGCAGAGAUAGGGAGAGGGACAGAGAGAAGGAGAGAGAAAAAGAAAGAGAAAGAGAGAGGGAGAGAUUGAGGAGGAGCAGCAGUAGAUCGAGGCAUGAGGCCGAGAGAGAGAUGGAGAGGGCGAGGAGCAGAGAGAGGGCCAAUAGAGAGAGGGAAUUGGAGCGUGAGAUAAGGGAGAGAGAAAGCAGGAGAUUCAAAGAGAAAAAAGAAGCCGCAGAACUAGAAGCUGAUCCUGAAAGGGACCAGAGAACUGUUUUUGCUUAUCAGAUGCCUUUGAAAGCGACAGAGAGAGAUGUUUAUGAAUUCUUCUCGAAAGCAGGAAAGGUUAGAGACGUGCGGCUAAUCAUGGAUCGGAACUCGAGACGAUCAAAGGGAGUUGGGUAUAUUGAGUUCUAUGAUGCAAUGUCAGUGCCUAUGGCAAUAGCUCUGUGUGGUCAACUCCUUUUAGGUCAACCUGUGAUGGUCAAACCUUCAGAAGCAGAAAAGAAUCUUGUCCAAUCAACUGCUACAGGAAGCUCAGGUGUUGCGGGUGCAGGAGCUGCUAGGAAAAUUUAUGUUGGGAAUCUUCAUUUUAAUAUUUCAGAAGAUCAACUUCGUCAGGUUUUUGAACCUUUUGGUCCAGUUGAACUUGUACAAUUACCUUUGGAUCUGGAAACUGGGCAGUGUAAAGGUUAUGGUUUUGUUCAAUUUGCCCAAAUGGAACAUGCGAAGGCAGCUCUAAGUUUGAAUGGGAAGCUAGAGAUAGCCGGCCGGGUCAUCAAGGUAUCAGCAGUCACAGAUCAUGUCCCUGUACAGGAAACUGGAGCAAAUGCUGCUGACUUUGAUGAUGAUGAUGGCAGUGGUUUGUCCUUGAAUGCUCGAUCAAGAGCCAUGCUGAUGCAGAAACUCGAUCGCACGGGAACAGCCUCAAGUAUUGCUGAAUCUCUUGGAGUACCCUUGGUAAAUGGGGUUGCACAACCAAAUCAACAGGCAUUACCCUUAACUACAAAUGGGCAGGCUACAUUACCUGCAGCUCCAUUGCUAACUUCCCCACUCGCCGCUGUGCCAAUUGGAGAACCCAGUGAAUGCAUUUCGUUAAAGAAUAUGUUUGAUCCAAGGACCGAGACGGAUCCCGAUUUUGAUUUGGAUAUCAGAGAUGAAGUGCAGGAAGAAUGUUCAAAAUUUGGCCCUAUUAAGCAUAUCUAUGUGGACAAGUUUAGCGAUGGCCAUGUUUAUCUACGAUUUGAAAGUGUAGCAGCAGCAGCUAGCUGUCAGCGGGCAAUGCAUAUGAGAUGGUUUGCUGGAAGGGCUAUAUCUGCCACUUUCAUGCGACCUUAUAAAUAUGAAGCCAAAUUCGCAAGUGGAGCUUAAGGUGUUAUUGCUAUGUGAUUAUGAUGAAUUGUGUUUUUUUAUAUGAAAUGAGAAUCGAAAUGUAUCAACUAAAUUGCUAUAGUAGGGUCUUUAUUUUUGUUUUUUUGUUAUCUGUAUAUGCACUUAAGGUGUUGUUGCUUAAGGUUUUGUUAUGCGGCAUCUCAGUAGACAAAAAGGACUACGUUUUUUUUUUUU